AUGACCAGUAUUUCAAAUUCUAAUUCUUCGCUAUCGGUAGAUUAUUCUUUAGAUUCUCGCGAGUAAGUACCUAAUUAUUUACCAAUAUUAGGUAUAUAGGUCACCUAUUUACCUACCUAUGUGAAUUAACAUAAUUAAUAUUACCUAUGGACUAUUAUUUAUUUAUAGGGGAUCCGAGUUAAAUAAACAAUCAAAACUCAUAAAUAUAUUAGAUGUUUCACAGUUGAAGAAUUUGAAAAUGUAUUUUUUUUAUAACGAUCAUAAGGAACAUUCAUUAAAAAAAGAAGAAUUUGUUGAAUCUAUAUGUUCAAUAACUGGUAAGUAAGCUAUAGUUUCUGAGAAGGUAUCUACCAUAAAAAGUAAUAUAGGUACCUAACUAUAAUUAUAUGAACCUCGAAAGUUUCAAGUUAUCAUCUAAAAAUGGAUUAUUGAUUAAACUAGUUAAACUGUUUCAACUAAUAUAGGCGUUAAAGUUCAUCACCAUUUUUAGACAACUAUUCUCCAUUCGAAAUUUUUUUUAAAAGACUAAUGGGUUCCUAUUUGAAAAUCAAAAGUGUGAACUCAUUUAAAAUAUCUAUAGACAGGCCCAACGAGAUUUUUUAGGUACCUACUUUAUAAAUAGCAUGUCCCAAUAAUGUCUUAUAAUUGAUGAAAUACAUUACGUGUAAGUCGUAAUAAAUCAUACAUUUUAGUCAUUUUACACAAUAUUAAUAUCAGUAUAUUACAACAUAACUACAUUAAAAGUAUACCUACUUGUUCAUUUUUCAUACAGGUAAUAAUUUAUACAUAAAAGAAGCUGAAGAUUUUUUUGAACAAGUUUGUGUUGAGGAUUUUAAUACUAAAGAAGAUAUUAUUUUUUGGAAACAAGUGUUAAAUGAAAUUCGAUACAACACAACUUUUUUUCAAGAUGCUUGGAUUACUACACCCUUUGACCAAAAUAAUAUAACCAUGCAUUUAAUGUCACACUGUAAAGUAAGUAAUAAAACAAUAUGUACCUAUACAUAAUUAAUUAUAGGUAGGUACUUAGAUACUAUUCCCUACCUUGAAUCAUUGAUUAAGUAUACUUAAUCCAUGCCUAUAUUGUUUUGCAUAAUUUAAUGGUAAAAGUGAUCACUUUACAUUCGUGUAUUAAUAUUUUUCAUUUGAAUGUGAUAGGUAAUGAUAAUUAUAAGAGCCUAUAGUUUAACAAGAGAGAACAAUUUAGAUUGUUUAAAUGAUUUAAACAGAUUAAAUAUUUACUAACCUACACAAAUUUAAUUAAAUGUCUUUUGUGGUUUUUCUAUUGGAGCGAUAAUUCUACUGGAAAAUAUAUAUCGUAAACAAUUUGAAAUAAAGGAAUCAUGAAUUCGUGACACCGUACAUUUUUCAGUUUUCAUUUUUCGUCUUUUUUUUGUUGUUUUUGUUUUUUCCAAUUAUUAUGAAAAUUACUCGGAAAAUAAAAAAAUAGACAGCAACUAGUUCCAAAAUUCAACAAAAACGGUCUCUUGUCAUUCUUUGACUGAAGCAAGAUUUCUAGUAGAAAACGUAAGUCACAAAAAUGUAAAAUCAUCGAAAUCUUUAUGCCGUAAAUAUUUGUCCGUUUAUUCUUGCAUUUUUUUUCCAAUUAUUAUGAUAUCACCUGGUAAAUCAAAAAAAAUAACCUCCUUAAAGUACCAACCAUAUAAAAUUUUGUUUCAAACAAGGUGCUACACUUGAUAGGUACAUUGAAGCAAGAUUCCUGGUAGAAAUUUCGUGUACAGUAUAAAAAAAAACAAAAUAAUAAACAUUAAUGUAAAACUUAUACAUUCCUAGUUACACUUCGAAUCUUAAACAAAAUUGAAAUUAACAUCAUCCAUUAUUGUUAAAUAUUCCUGUUUUUCCCAAUUAUUAGGAAAACUACACGGAAAUUCAAAAUAUAACCUACCCAAUGCGCUAAUCAGAAAAGUUAUUCUGGUUAAUUUUGAUAUAGUAUAAUAUAAUGUAAUAUAGGUACUCCUAUAUUAUGCCAUAUGGUGAUUUGAAAACAACAUAAUGUAUUAUGAUAGCAGGUGUUUGGUACCUACAUUUUUAUUCACGAUAUUUAGGUACCUACGUCUCUUAGUAUGUAUCUUACGUAUCUUGGAUACCUACAUCGUUUACUCAUAAUUUCCAAGUAGUACAUUAAGUAUUAAAACUUUUUUUAUGUAUAUAAAUAUAUAUAUACAUAUUUUUAUUUUAUACUAUAAAUAACAUUUCCCAACCUAUUUAUUAUAGAAAUACCCAUAAUAUAUAGUAGUUCAAUUUUCCGUUAUACUCAGCUAGUAAAUGACAGUAUUAUGUAAUAAUAAUGGUAGACUAAUAUGCCCAAUCAAUUAUCAUUGAUUUUAUUAUAUAGGUAAUAAUAAUAAUAUAAUCAAUAAUUAGUGUCCCGUAAGUAGUUCUAUAAAUGUGCUGUUGUUCUAAAAUACCUUAUACAGACAGUAUCUAAUAUUCUCUGAUUUUUUACAAUAUUUAACAUAUUAUAAUAAAAUCCCUAUCUACUUAGUUCGGACCUAAUAAUUAAUAAUUUAAUUUCAAUAACAAAUACGUGACAGAAAAUUAUUUAUUCCACAGCAUGAGUCCAUAGUAAAAGUGAUUAGCAUAGAAACUGAAGAAUUUUUUUGCUAUACUGUUUUAUCUCGUUUGGGACAAGUGGGUAUCUACGAUGGUCAUUUAAACUUAUUAAGAGAAUAUGUAUUACAAUUAUCUCAAUGUCCUGAUGACCUAGUACGGACUGCCCGUCGUCGACAUAAUAUUUGGAUAAAUGAUUCUGUGUACAUGCCAGAUGCUCAAUUUAUAACUAUUGCUGUAUCUGAUGGUUCCAUUCAUUUUAUAGAUACAGUUUGUCUUGUUCACGUUCCAACUUUUUGUAUUACUGGUGAAUAGCAAAAAUAUUUUUAUUCACUACUUAAUUCCCUUGAAUUAUUUUUUAAUUUGUGAUUGAUGAUGUUAUUCAGGUUUAAAAACAACACCAACUUGUUUAGAGUACUGUCCUGGUAGUAUAUCACUUUUAUUUAUUGGUGACGAUAAAGGCAGUAUAGGUCAUAUAGAAUUCCUUCAACCCAAACGAUCAUUAUUUAAACGAGAUCCAACAAAUAAAGUUGAUACAUACUUGUGGAAAGUAAGUAUCAAUAUGUAGUUAAUAAUUUUAAAAUAUUAUGAAGAACAAGAUGUUAUAUGAUAAAAUGGGAUUUCAGUUUAUUAUAAUUUAUCAAAUAAGUAAAAAAUGAAUGACUAAGGCGUUUUUUCAAAGGAUUUGAUUGAAUAUCAUAGAAAGAUAUUUUUUGCAUUUUCAAAAUUUUUUCACUAAUUUUAUAAUUACUUCAAAAUUACAAAUUUUUGAAGUAUUAAUAGUAAUUUGAUUAAGUAUACUUAAAUACAGUAUACAUAUUGAUUUUAAAUUUUAUUUUAUUUGUUAUAUACGUUUUGGUACAUCAUACACAGGAAUUAGAAUCUCAACAAGAAUGGGUUAAAAUACACACAUUUGGAGUUCCAAUUCAUCCAGAUAGUAUUAAAUAUAUUACUUAUUGUCAAUCAGAUGAAGCUACUAUAAGUUGUUGUCAAAAUUACAAAAAAUCUCUGGUCAUCAAACAUUUACGAGAUGAAUGGGAACCAUAUAUAUUUCAUAUUCAACAUGUAUUAUUUAUAAUGUCAUAUUAAUAUAAUGAUUAUAUUUGUAUUGUUUAUAUUAUAUAAUGGAUAAUAAUUAAUAGGGCAUACAUUGUUUUCAUUACAAUGAAACUCUUAAAUUAUUAGUCACUGGCUGUGCAUGUAUAGUUUAUAUUUGGAACCCAUUGGUAACUAAAAUGUACUUAGCAAAACUAGAAGGGCAUAAAAAAUCAAUUGUAGAUGUCAGAAUUUAUGAAAAUUUUAAUCUCGUGAUUAGCAUUUCUAAAGAUGAAGUAAUAAUUACUAAAUUUGUUUAACCAUAUCUACAGUUUUCAUUAAUAUUUAUUUUUAUUUUUAAUAGGUACUUAUGGUAUGGAGUUUAAACACAUAUGUUUGUUUACAAACAAUUCAAUUUGAUUUUCCUGUUUAUAAUGUACUUGGAAAAGUUGUUGAAUUUACUACUCAAACAUUUUAUCCGGGGCCUGUCAUUAAAAAACCACCCGAAGAACAAAAAGCGUCUUUGAAAUCUAUUGAUGCAAGUAAUAUAACCAGCUUACCAACAAGUAUUUAUAUGCCCAAGUAAAUGGAAUAUAGCAUAUAUUAUCAAUAAUAUACCAGCCUAAAUAUUAUUUUAAAAUUUAUAAAUAUUUUUAGAGAAAACUGGGAAUCAGAAAUAUUGUUAAUUGUUUGCUCUAAUUAUAUAUCAACAAUAAAACAAAAUUUGAAGGACUAUUCCCAAAACCAUUCACCUCUUCCUCCACCAGUGGAAGACAAAAAACCAGCACUUCCAUUAGAAUGGAGCUUUAGUAAUACUGAUCGAAUCACUAUUGACGAGACUGACAGUACCCUUAUAGAAUCACCUAAAGUAGAUGAUGAGGAAAUCGAGUAUGUGUUCAUUGAAUCAAGACCUCCACUGGACCAUGAAGCAUUUAAUAUAGACACACUUAAAAAACCUACAAAUACCAAAAUAAAAAGUUAUGUAGAUGAAAUGGUGAAAAACGGUACACCUUACUUAGCUAUGUGUUUAAGUCCUGUGUAUAAACUGGAGAUAUCUAAAAACCUGAUGUUAAGUGAAACAACUAAAUCAAAGUUCCCAUUUUUGGAAAAAAUAGAUGAAAUAUUUUGUGACGGGAUUUCAUAUGAUGAAAGAAAAAAGUCAGUAGUUAAAGAAAAAAAUAAAGGAAAAUCAAUUAACAUAACAAAAUUAAUGAAAAUAAUUGAUCAAUUAGAAUUAAAUGAAGAUGAUGAUAUUGCAAGUAUUUUAAACAAGUAUAUUUAA